AUGACCGCAAAUAAUUCGGACGCAAGCUCAGAGAGCGGUAGCGUCUCUGUCCUAUCUGACUACUCUGACCUCUCCACAUCCUCCAGUUUGAGCACAUACCCUUCUGGCGGUUACCCAUCUUUACCGCAGCCUUUCCUUCCCGUCACCUUCCACGACCCUGGUAGACAAGGCUCUGUCCUUCCCGAGGGACUGCCCCCACUCCCUAAGAAUGAGAAUCCUAUUGCAGUAGCUGAAGAGGAUGCGGAGACUCCAGACAAGUGGAUCAAGCGCAACCCAAACUUGAUUCGCCUUACAGGAAAGCAUCCUUUUAACACGGAAGCGAGGCUACCCGAGUUGUUCAAUGCAGGAUUUCUCACCCCUGCGCACCUUCAUUUUGUGCGAAACCACGGUGCGGUCCCCCGCGUGAACGAUCAAAUGCGUGACUCGUGGACGAUCAGAGUCCAUGGUCUGGUAGAGAGGGAAGCGAAUUUCAGCUUAGAGGAGUUAGCCCAAACGUUUCGCGUCGUCACAUUGCCUGUGACUCUGGUGUGCGCCGGUAACAGGCGGAAGGAACAAAAUGCUGUCCGCAAAAGUCUCGGUUUCAGUUGGGGUGCUGCUGGAGUUUCGACCGCUCUCUGGACCGGAGUUUACCUAUCCGAUGUGCUUGAACAUGUCAAACCCCUCCGCGGGCAGGCAAAACACGUAGUCUUCGAGGGAUGCGAUAGUCUUCCUAACGGGCCGUAUGGCACGUCGCAGAAACUAUCUUGGGCAAAGAGCAAGGAUAAAGGGAUGCUUAUCGCGUGGGCUAUGAAUGGUCUGCCUUUGGAGCCGGACCACGGUUUUCCUGUUAGACUCAUAGUGCCAGGACAGAUCGGUGGUCGCUCAGUCAAGUGGUUGAAACGGAUUGAAGUGAGCGCUGAGGAAAGCCAGCACUACGAUAAUAAGGUACUACCCACACAAGUCCUACCUGAUCAAGCGCGAGCUGAAAGACAUUGGUGGUAUGAUCCAAGGGAGUUGAACGUGAAUAGUGCUAUUGCACGGCCGGACCAUAACGAGGUCCUGACUGUCAGCGAGGGAGAAAGCUACUUGAUCCAAGGCUACGCCUACUCCGGUGGUGGCCGAAAGAUAACUAGAGUCGAAGUAUCCCUAGACCAAGGCGAUGUUUGGAAGCUAGCAAAAAUCGACUAUCCCGAGGAUCUAUUCCGCACGAUCUGUCAUCACGACCCUGUGUACGGUACCCUGGAUCUUACAGAGAGGGACACAUCCUUUUGCUGGUGUUUCUGGUCAUAUCGCAUCUCUCAUGCCUCUCUCGCCGACUGCGACGCGAUCAUGGUCCGAGCCAUGGACGAGGGUCUAGCACUACAGCCUCGAGAUAUGUAUUGGACCGCUCUGGGCAUGAUGAAUAACUGGUGGUUCAGGGUCGCAGUAAGCCGAACCGUGGUGGACGGCGAGAUUCAGCUACUGUUCGAGCAUCCCACCCUGGCAGGUACCGCGUCCGGAGGGUGGAUGGAGCGUAUGAAAGCUGAAGGGAAAGAUAUCGGUAAGCCUUCUUGGGGCGACAAACAUACGGCGGUCACUUCAGGCGGGAGCUUCGCGCUAACUGAAGAAAUUGCCAUGACAAAUCCCAAGGUGAAGAGGGAUGUUACCCUUGAAGAACUUAGGCGACAGGAUCGUGCUAAACCUUGGUUCGUUGUGAAGGGCGAGGUGUACGAUGGCACACCCUUCCUCAAGGAACAUCCAGGGGGAGCUGAUUCGAUCCUGCUUGUUGCAGGCGAAGAUGCAACAGAUGACUUCAUGGCGAUCCAUUCUCCGGAAGGCCGAGCACGGCUAGCAGAGUAUCACAUAGGAACGCUGACAGGAGGAAAUAUGCGACCAGAGGGAGAGCCCGAUGAUAUUUCGGUGAAUUUCCUGAACAAAAGGGCGUGGAAGAGUGUUCGUUUGACAGAAAUCCGACAAUUGAACCACGACUCUUGGAUUUAUCGCUUCUCCCUUCCGACACAAACACGGCAGCUCGGACUGCCAGUGGGUCAGCAUGUAUUCGUACGACUGAGGAGAAAAGAUACUUCGGAGCUGGUGCAGCGGGCCUACACACCAGUGUCAUGGCACAAAUCUGCUGGAUCGGUCGAGUUCUUGAUUAAGAUAUAUCAUCCUUCGCCUCAAUACCCCGCAGGCGGAAAGAUGACAGUAGGAUUUCACCAGCUCACCAUUGGAGAUCUCGUUGAGUUGAAGGGGCCUCUCGGCUCUUUCGAGUGGAGAGGCUCUGGCGUCGCUGUAUGGAAAGGUGUGGAGAGACGCAUCAAGAACCUAGGUCUCAUAUGCGGGGGCAGUGGUAUCACGCCAAUUCUCCAGGUUUUGAGGCGCGUACUCCACGACGAAAAUGACCGGACACGACUCUGGCUAAUCAGCGCCAAUAAGACGGAAGCAGACAUCCUUUGCCGGGACGAGUUGGAGGUCCUCCAAUCCACCCAUGGCAACAACCGCUUCCGCUUGCAUUACACGCUCACAACUUGUCCCAACCAAUGGAAGUAUGGUGUCGGGCGGAUUAGCGAAGACAUGAUCGCCGAGCAUAUGCCUAGCCCGUCGCACGAUGGCUUGAUCUUGGUCUGUGGCCCAGACGGAAUGAUCUCGCACUGCGUGAAGCCUGCAUUGAGGCGUCUAGGUUGGGAUACCGAGCAGUAUCUGGUUGUAUUCUGA